AUGGUCGACUUUGCUCCUUUCGGUGGCAUUCAUUCAUUCGUUGGAUUCUCCGGCGCGGUGGACGGUCGACCUUUCGUCGUUUUCAAAAGCAUGGUCUUUCAACUGUCGAACAUGCGUCUCUUGUUGCUGCUUGUUGCAUUGCUCGUCGUGAUUAGUGCGGUUGAAGGUAAGUCAUUCAAAAUGGGAAGUACGUGCAGUGCGACACUCGGAUUCUCUUUUUAUUUCGCACACAGUUUGGGUAUAGGCCACACAUCAAUUGCUGUAAAUUUUAGUUCGCGCUUUGCAGGGGAAGCCGAGAUUGUCGGCGAUCUUUGCCGCCGAGAGAGUACACUAAACGUGGAGAGCGGUCUGGGAAAAAACACUUUUUUGGCAAUAUCUUGGCCAGUUUCGCAUGGAAAAGUUUUUUUUUGUGGAAACAUUUUCCUAUACGGUAGAAAUCAGCAUAAAACUUUUGCUCCCAAAAUUCGCAAAAUGGGUCGACAUUUUUUUACACUAAAAAGGUAGUUUCUGCAAAGUGCGAGAUAGAAGCCUUGCAUAUGUCUUUGAGAAAGUUAUUCUAAAGCUGUGCCAAGUUUCAUCAAAUUCUGAGCGUCGCACUCAAGUUCUUCCCCUGUCAGUAAAAGCGUUUUUAAUAUUAUAUUUUUAUUUUCACUUUCAGCUGGAGGUUGGUGCUGGGGUAGAAAAGAUUGUGAGAAGGGCGAAAGAUGUACUCUGUUCUUUGUAAGUGUUAAAAAACAGGUGGCGGAGAAAUGACAAAAAAUAAUUUCAGCGAUGUACACCAAUUUACGCGUAA